GCCCAAGUUUUAAGAAAGCGAGAGAUAGUCGUUCGAUCGUGACCAAAUGGCUUCUGCAACUUCAUUCCGCGAGAUCAUUGGCGCCACUCCGUCCACGGCGUCGACUAGCGAUAGCACUCUCAUCAUCAUUGACGCGCAGAAUGAGUAUGCCGAGGGCAAGCUCAAGGUCGAUCAUGUCGAUUCGUCAAGGAAAGUUAUCGCAGAAUUGCUGAAGAAAUACCGCGAAUCGAAAGGGAGCAUUGUACAUGUUUUACAUGCCACUCCGGAAGGAGCUCCAGUUUUCACACCGAACACCAAAUUAGCCGAGGAGUUCGAUGAACUCAAGCCUAAGGACGGCGAGAAGGUUGUGCACAAGAAAUAUGCCGGCUCAUUCGCGGAGACAGACCUUCAAGCGCAUCUUGAGAAAGUCGGAAGCAAAAAGGUGGUCCUAACCGGCUAUAUGGCGCAUGUUUGUGUAUCCACUACAGCUCGGCAGGCUGCCCAACGAGGCUACGACGUACUCAUUGCCGAGGACGCUGUUGGCGACAGAGACAUCCCUGGUGUGACUGCGGAGCAGCUGACGAAGGUCGCAUUAAGCGAGAUCGGGGAUGCGUUUGGUACUAUCAUCCAGAGCAAGAACAUCUCGUGAGGCAUCCAGAGAACAAGAAUUGGAGUGCCAUGCUUAGUAUAUCAACUACAACACACGGUCCAUAGGGAAACAUAAUCAAUACGGGUAUUUGCACCGUGGCUCAGCUUCAUAUGUGCUGAAUUUAGCGGCGCGAUACGCUAUAAAAUACGCUGAAAAUCGGUGCCGAGAAAAGCCAUAGGAGGCCCAGAGCGCCGACAGUUAGGCGGGACAUUAAUGACAGCCACAUCAGACAAACAAUGUAAAUAGAAUAACAUAGUAUCGUUGCAAGAAAGAUUAUGAUCUCAGCCUUUUAUUUACUCGAUACCGCUUCGUAGUAAUUUUAAUACUCGGCUUUAGCCGAAUUUACUGAUUGAGCGUU